AGACUGGAAGCUGUUCACUCAUCCCAUCCCCACGGUGUGCGUGUGUGAUCUCUCCAUCCCACUGCAGCCUGGAUGACAACUUCCGGUUUCCAAGUGCUCUUUUAUCUCCUGAGCCUUUGGUAUUCUCUGAGAUGAUUCCGGCUUUUAGUUUUGGGUGAAACUAAUACAGAGGUGAAAAGAGGGACCAUCCGACCGUGGAUGUGUGAGCCUGAGCGGGCUGUGGAUCGGACAGUCAUCGAGGGUGCAGCGGAAGUGGCGGUGCUCCGGAGAGUGUGUCUGCUGACUGUAUUUAGGAUCAUGUGGGGGUCCUGGCCCUUCCUUCCUGCUCUGAUGCUUUUCUCCGAGCUUUCUGUGAUCAAAGUCCAGACGGCACCAUGUCAGACCUGCAAGAAACUCACCGAGAGUCUUAUCACGGGUUUGGAGAGGACAGCCAACAAAAACUUUGGAGGAGGUAACACUGCAUGGGAGGAGGAAAAGCUGGCCAAGUAUGCACGCAGCGAGACGAGGCUGCUGGAGAUAGUAGAAUCUGCCUGUGAGAAAGCAGAUUUUGAAUGUAACCGGUUGCUGGAGCAGAUAGAAGACCAAGUGGAGACGUGGUGGUUCCACAGGCAACAGGAGGCCCCGGACCUGUUUGAGUGGCUGUGCAUCGAGGAGCUGAGCCUUUGCUGUCCACCGGGUCGCUUUGGACCUGAAUGCAAAGAGUGUCCAUCGGGGCCGGGUGGUGUGUGUGGAGGCCUGGGCCGAUGCGAGGGGGAGGGCACCCGCCUGGGAGAUGGAGAAUGCAUCUGCGAUCCAGGAUACUCUGGUCAGCUGUGCCAGAACUGUGCUGAUGGCUACUACAGAGAGAAGAGCUCUAACGACAGUGCAGGAGCCUGUGCAGCCUGUUAUCGCUCAUGUAGGAAAUGCUCGGGCCCAGAGGACUACAAGUGCCUCGCCUGCAAACCCGGCUGGAUCCUUCAUGACAACAAGUGUGUGGACAUUGAUGAAUGUGGCACAGAGCUGGCUCGUUGUCCUUCCAACACCUACUGUCACAACACAGAAGGAUCUUAUGAAUGCAGAGGCUGCGAUCAGGCAUGUGUGGGGUGCAUGGGCAGCGGUCCCGCCCGGUGUAAGAAAUGUGCACGCGGCUACAGGCUGAAGGGAGCCAAAUGUCUCGACAUAGAUGAGUGCAAUGAACGUGCGAUAGCAUGCCCAGGCCUCAACGAGGCCUGCAUCAAUGAGGAGGGUUCUUUCCACUGCGACUGUGCCGAUGGAUUUAUAAGAAGGGAUAGCAUUUGUGUGGAGAACAAGCCUCCUGCUGGUCCUGAGAAGGGUCUCUUUGAUGACAUGACUGAUGACGAGGUCCUCGUGCUGCAGCAGAUGUUCUUUGGCGUUGUAAUCUGCGCUUUAGCGACCCUCGCUGCUAAAGGAGACAUGGUCUUCACAGCCAUCUUCAUUGGAGGAGUAGCCGCUAUGGCUGGAUACUGGCUGACGGAGAAGGGAGACUACAUGCUGGAUGGAUUUCUGAAGGGACGAUAAAUCCCUCAUAAGCAUAAAAUGAGCUCGUGAAGGCAGAAAAAGAAAAAACACUCGAUGCAGGGAAGUGCUCGUUGCUUGUCUUUCAGGGAUUAACAUGCGACUGGAGACUUACCUAAAAGGGCUCAGGCAGGUUCUUGUACUUGUCUUCAUGAAUUGGAUUUUGCAGGAUAAAGUGACAACUCGAAGAAUAUGGCGCCGAAGAUUUUAAAGAGGAAUACUGAAGCACCGAUGCACUAAAAGGAAGAAACUAAACUUCAGGUCUCUUCCUCAACCCUGUGGGAACGAGGCCAGCUCCAAUUCUCCUCCUGAUUGUUCGUCGUCUCAGCCGUUCCCUGUGCUGCUCCAGAAAACUCCAAAAGUCCUACAUGUGUUUUCUUUUUUCCAUUCUUAGAGAUAGCGGUCAUCAAUGACUUUUUACCUCCUUCCUGAAUGCUGCUUUUUAGUGAGAAUGCAUGAUAAGAGAAUAUAUAAUUAAAGACACUGUUUUAAUUUAUUGUUUACAUCAUCAUAGACUAUUUUCUUUCUGUAUAGCUGUGGUAAAUGUGAGGAAACGUGCAAUGGGAAGCUCCAUGCUGGAUGAUGAAAGCCAUUUUCUGUUGCCUUUGUUGAUAAACUCAAUAUUUAUGCUUGUGGAUUUUAAAUCAGUUUUUGUUGAUUUAUCAUAUCUCUGCGCAUAACCAACUCACUUCCCCAGGGGGACAAUUCAUUGCAGAAGUUUGCUUUACAAUAAAUACAUUUGCCUGAAAAAAAAAACCUUCCUAAAAAAUUUGAAGUUUCUACUUUUCUUUGCAAAAA